UUUUUUACCGGCAAAAUGGCGACCGCAAGCACGUUGGACGCUCCUGUUGGAAGAGUACAAAUCGAUGGAUUGGUUGUGUUGAAGAUCAUCAAACAUUGUGAAGAGGAAGGAGGAAGUGCAGGAGAACUCGUCCAGGGAGUCCUUCUUGGUCUCGUUCAAGAUGACACGCUGGAAAUCACAAAUUGUUUCCCAUUUCCAAAACAUGCAGAUGAAGAGAACUUUGAUGAUGUGUUAUACCAGAUGGAGAUGAUGCGGAAUCUACGACAUGUCAACAUUGAUCAUCUUCACGUUGGCUGGUAUCAAUCCACACAGUAUGGUACCUUCCUUAACAAGGCUCUACUAGACUCGCAGUUUAACUAUCAACACUCUAUAGAAGAAUCAGUGGUCCUCAUCUAUGAUCCACUGAAGACAUCUAAGUCCACGCUAAGCCUAAAAGCCUAUAGGUUAACGCAGAGUGCCAUGGAGUCUUACAAAGAUUAUGACUUCUCAACAGAAGCUUUGAAGAAGACGGGGCUUUGCUAUGAGAAUGUCUUUGAGGAGAUUCCCAUCGUCAUUCAUAACUCCUACCUCGUCAACACACUCCUCUGUGAACUCAAGGAAAUAUCACCACCCACGGGAGAUAACUUUCUGAGUCUAUCAUCAGGGAACAUGUUGGAGAAGAAUUUAGAGUUAUUGAUGGACUACGUUGACGACCUCGCCCAAGAAACCAACAAAUACAUGAAUUAUCAACGAGCAAUGACUAAACUACAACAGAAUAAACAACAGUAUACAUACAAGAGAACACAAGAAAACAGUGCCAGGCAAUCACGAGGAGACCCGCCUCUCCCAGAUGAGGACCUGACGAAGUUAUUCAAAUCUCCUCAGCCUCCUCUCCGACUGGAGAGUAUGUUAAUGGCCGGUCAGAUGAAGAAUUAUUGCACAGAGAUCAACAAGAUGGGAGCAUCCAGCUUCGGCAAACUCUUCAUGGCCGACGCCCUCCAGAAAGACAACCCCACCUCUUAGAAAUGUCUUAUGAUUUUUAAGAUUUUUCAAAAAGUUACUCGCCUACACUCUUUUUUUUUCAAGGAUCUUUUGACUGCUGAACCCCUACCUUAGUCAAAAUGAACCCUUCACAUCUCAUCUACCUAACCUCUAGUAGUUUUCACUCUGUGUGUCUUUUCAAAACUUGUUUACGUGACCCGUCUCAGGGUAGGGUCAUCGUUUGGUUGUCACCGUAAUGCUGAUUUAUAGGCAAAAUUCUUAAGAAAAAUACAAUUAAUGUCAGCUGUGAAAGUAUCAACUAAAUACAGUGUCUACUUUCUAGGGGAAAAAACAGAAGGAUAAAAAUUGUCAUAUUAUUUUCACAUAAGACCCAUUUAUUUAUGUAGCACUUAAUAGCAGAACCAGAAAACACUGGGGCGAACCCCUUCUGUUAACGAACAUGGACUCUGCUGGUCAGAAACACCAGAGCUUGAGUCAUGUGUGCUUGACCACUCAUUCAGGACAUGCUCCACACUAUAUCAUAUCCCAUGUCACUCCUAAACCUGCCAGUUAAACAUUAGUUGUAGUGUAGAAGGUCUGUAAAACCUCAUAACAUUCAACACCCUUAAAGUUCUUUGAGUUUACCAGCCGUGUUCUCACCUAACGUCUGGGGUGAAACUUGUGUUUGGCGCCCUCUAGUGUUCACUUAGUAUAUUUCUGUAUGUAGAAUGUGAAAGUGUAUACAUGUAAUGGGUUUUAUUCUUUUCCCCUUCAAAUUUAAAGCACUGGUUUUGAUGAACAAAAGUUGUUUUCAGAAAAUUCAAUCAAAAACGUUUUAUUUGCAUGUUUUCAUUUUUAAAACCAUGGACCUUGCUAACCCGAACGGAUCUAACUUCUUGAUUGGUUUUAGUUGUCGAUUGGUUUUAUUUGUUGAAUGAAUAUCUCUAAAAUGUGUGUCACAGUUUGAAACCGGCGUUGUGUCUAACUACUAGACUUGUGCUAGUCCCUUCAAAAGGACUUGUGUCCUACCAUAUGAAUUGUUUUAUUAUGUUGCAGAAAUUGACUCUGUUUUGGGGAGGGGGUAUAGCUCCCUCUCACAAAGUGUUUCCAUAAUUGUAAAGAAGUUCAAAGUUACAGCCACUUCAAAUGUCAACCCUACUACCUACCUAGUUCCAAUAAAUGAACAUUAUAACAAUUGAAAA